UUUAUGGCCACCAAUGACCUGAUGGUGGAACUGCAGAAAGAUUCGAUAAAACUAGAUGAAGACAGCGAGAAAAAAGUUGUGAAAAUGCUUUUGAAAUUGCUGGAGGACAAAAAUGGGGAGGUACAGAACCUCGCUGUCAAGUGUUUGGGCCCACUGGUUGGCAAAGUGAAGGAGUACCAGGUGGAAACUAUUGUGGAUACGCUGUGUACAAACAUGUUAUCCGACAAGGAACAGCUGCGGGAUAUCUCCAGCAUUGGACUGAAAACAGUCAUCUCUGAGCUGCCACCAGCUUCUACAGGCUCCACUGUGACAGCAAAUGUGUGCAAAAAGAUCACAGCCCAGCUGACAGGAGCUAUUGGCAAGCAGGAGGACGUAUCUGUGCAGCUGGAGGCUCUUGACAUCCUGUCAGAUAUGCUGAGCAGACUAGGGGGAACACUCUACUCUUUCCAUUCCUCCAUUCUGAACUGCCUCCUUCCCCAGCUGACAAGCCCCAGGCUGGCAGUACGUAAAAGGGCCAUCAUUGCCUUGGGUCAUCUUGUCUUGACCUGCAGCGGAAACAUCUUCUCAGAGCUCACAGAGCAUCUGCUUGCUGAGCUGAAGAGGAAUGAGUCUACUUCUACUACCAGGACGUACAUUCAAUGUGUCGCUGGCAUCAGUAGGCAGGCUGGACACCGCAUAGGAGAACAUCUGGAGAAGAUAAUUCCUCUGAUUGUUCAGUACUGUAACGUGGAAGAUGACGAGCUGAGAGAGUACUGCUUUCAGGCCUUCGAGUCUUUUGUGAGAAGGUGUCCAAAGGAAAUUGACCCUCACAUCCCUAAUGUGAUGGGGUUAUGUUUGAAGUACAUCACCUUUGACCCAAACUACAACUAUGAUAAUGAGGAAAUGGAAGAGAUGAUGGAAACUGAAAAUGGGGAGGAUGAAGAGCAAGAAAGCGAUGAUGAGUACAGCGACGAUGAUGACAUCAGCUGGAAAGUCCGCAGGUCUGCAGCGAAGUGCCUGGAGGCCAUUGUGAGCAGCAGGCAUGAUCUUCUUCAGGACUUUUUGAUAAGCAGAUUCAAAGAGAGAGAGGAGAAUGUCAAAGCUGACAUCUUCAGUGCUUAUAUCUCCUUGCUGAAGCAAACGCUGCCCAUCCAGAGCUGGCUGCAUGCUUCAGAUGCCUCUGGCAAAGACGACGUUCCCCUGACAAUGCUUCAGAACCAGGUCCCCAGCAUCGUCAAGGCCUUGCACAAGCAGCUCAAAGAAAAGAGCAUCAAAUCAAGACAGGGUUGUUUCAGCCUCCUGACGGAACUGGCCAAUGUUCUUCCCGGCUGCCUGGCAGAUCACAUCCCUGCACUAGUCCCUGGUAUUGUUUUCUCCUUGGCUGAUAAAUCCAGCUCCUCCAACAUGAGGAUUGAUACACUGUCUUUCCUUCAUGUUCUUCUUUGCAACCACCAGCCAGAGGUAUUUCAUCCUCAUAUCAAAAGCCUGCUACCUCCUGUUGUGACCUGUAUUGGAGACCCCUUUUAUAAGAUCACUUCAGAAGCUCUGCUGGUUACUCAGCAACUUGUGAAAGUUAUCAGGCCUUCGGACAAAUCUUGCACUUUCGACGCCAAGCCCUAUGUGAAGGACCUUUUCCCUGGUACUCUGAAGCGACUGAAGGCAGCUGACAUCGACCAGGAGGUGAAAGAGCGUGCUAUCUCCUGCAUGGGACAAAUCAUUUACAGUCUGGGAGACCAUUUAAGCAGUGAUCUCCAGCCAACCUUGAAGAUAUUUCUAGAGAGGCUCAAAAAUGAAAUCACCAGAUUGACAACAGUCAAAGCAUUAACCUUAAUUGCUGGUUCUCCACUUAAAAUAGAUUUGAGACCCAUUCUAGGGGAAGGUUUCCCCAUUCUAGCUUCCUUCUUGAGAAAGAAUCAACGUGCCUUGAAACUGAGCACUCUGACUGCUCUGGACAUCCUGGUGAAGAACUACAGUGACAGCCUCAAGCCUGCCAUGAUAGAGUCUGUCCUAAAGGAGCUCCCCGCUUUAAUUACUGAGAAUGACAUGCAUGUUUCCCAGGUGGCUAUCAUGUUCCUUACUACGUUAGCUAAGGUUUAUCCAUCGUGCAUCUCUAAGAUCAGUGGUUCAGUUCUUGCUGAAAUCUUUCAGCUUGUCCGCUCACCUUUGCUCCAAGGAGGGGCGCUGAACGCUAUCAUAGACUUCUUCCAGGCUCUGGUUCUGACAAAGAUGGCCGCCAUGGGUUACUCGGAGCUGAUGAAGCAGCUGACUGCACCUAUUUACUCCUCAGGUUCAGCCGGGGCAUCAGUGACGUUACACAAACAGGCAUAUUACUCUGUCGCAAAGUGCGUGGCAGCCCUUUCCUCAGCCUGCCCAAAGGAAGCCCCUGCAAUAGUGAACCAGUUUAUCCAGGAUGUAAAAAGCCCCAAGUCCAGCUCUGCUGUUAAAGUGCUAGCUUUUCUUUCACUGGCAGAAAUGGGGCGCACCAUGAACCUCAGUGCUCAGAGAGAGCUCAAAACAGUCAUCCUGGAAGCAUUCACUUCCCCCAGCGAAGAGGUGAAAUCUGCUGCUUCCUAUGCGUUGGGGAACAUCAGUGUUGGGAAUCUUAAGGAGUAUCUUCCCUUCAUGCUGAAAGAGAUCGGAAGCCAGCCCAAGAGACAGUACCUCCUGCUGCACUCUCUAAAAGAAGUCAUCAGCUCCUCCCCGGCCGAUGGCCUCAAACCUUACGUGGAGGAUAUUUGGGCUCUGCUUUUCAAGCACUGUGAGUGCACAGAGGAAGGGACGCGCAAUGUGGUGGCUGAGUGCCUGGGGAAGCUGACUUUGGUGAAUCCCUCUGAGCUGCUGCCCCGGUUGAAAAACCAGCUGUCAUCAGGCUCUCCACAUGCCCGGAGCACGGUGGUAACUGCAAUCAAAUUCACAAUUGCAGACCAGCCUCAGCCUAUUGAUGCUCUCCUGAAAGGCUGCAUAGGUGACUUCUUAAAAACUCUUCAGGAUCCAGACCUGAAUGUUCGACGUGUGGCUUUAGCCAUGUUUAAUUCUGCUGCUCACAACAAACCUUCUUUAAUCCGAGAUUUACUAAAUGCAGUUCUCCCCAGCCUCUAUAACGAAACAAAGGUCAGAAGGGAACUCAUCCGGGAGGUAGAAAUGGGGCCGUUCAAGCACACUGUGGAUGAUGGCCUUGACGUGAGGAAAGCUGCUUUUGAAUGCAUGUAUACCCUGCUGGAAAGCUGCCUUGACCGACUGGAUAUCUAUGAGUACCUGAACCAUGUUGAGGAUGGACUGAAGGAUCACUAUGACAUUCGGAUGCUGACGUUCAUAAUGUUGGCUCGGCUGUCCACCCUCUGUCCCAACGCCGUGCUGCAACGGCUCGAGCGACUGAUUGAGCCACUCCGGGCAACUUGCUCCACAAAGGUAAAAGCUGGUUCCGUGAAGCAGGAGUUUGAGAAGCAGGAUGAACUGAAGCGAUCCGCCAUGAGAGCAGUAGCUGCCCUCCUGACCAUCCCUGAAGUAGAGAAAAGUCCAGUGAUGGCCGAGUUUUCAUCUCAGAUCAGAUCCAACCCUGAAAUGGCAUCACUUUUUGAAAGCAUUCAGAAAGAUUCUGCUUCCCUACCCACCUCAGAGUCGAUGGACAUGAGCUAA